CCUUCUUCUCCUUCCUAGUGAGCAGAGCACUGAGCAGCAAGAACUGAUCAAAAUGACUUCUUCUGCUCAUCUGAUGAGCAAGCUCUCCGUUGCUGCCAUCCUCCUGCUGUGCGCCGGCGCGUGCCUGGUGGAGGCUCGCCCCCACAGCGACUUCUCCAUCGUGGGCUACUCACCGGAGGACCUGGGCAGCCAUGACCGGCUGAUCAAGCUGUUCGAGGAGUGGGUGGCCAAGUACCGGAAGGCGUACGCGAGCUUCGAGGAGAAGCUGCGACGGUUCGAGGUGUUCAAGGACAACCUCAAGCACAUCGACGAGAUCAACAAGAAGGUGAGCAGCUACUGGCUGGGGCUGAACGAGUUCGCCGACCUCACGCACGACGAGUUCAAGGCCACCUACCUGGGCCUCCGUCCCAGGAGCAGCAGCAGCAGGGACGACGGCGCCGUCUCCUCUGGCAGCUACUUUAGGUACGAUGGCGUCAUGACGGACGAUCUGCCCGAGGCGGUGGACUGGAGGAAGAAGGGCGCCGUGACGGAGGUGAAGAACCAGGGGCAGUGCGGCAGCUGCUGGGCGUUCUCGACGGUGGCGGCAGUGGAGGGCAUCAACCAGAUCGUGACGGGGAACCUGACGUCGCUAUCGGAGCAGGAGCUGAUCGACUGCAGCACGGACGGGAACAACGGCUGCAACGGCGGCAUCAUGGACUACGCCUUCUCCUACAUCGCCGGCAGCGGCGGCCUGCACACGGAGGAGGCGUACCCGUACCUCAUGGAGGAGGGCGACUGCGACCAGAAGGGCGGUAGCGAGCAGGUGGUCACCAUCUCCGGGUACGAGGACGUGCCGGCCAACGACGAGCAGGCGCUGAUCAAGGCCCUCGCGCACCAGCCCGUCAGCAUCGCCAUCGAGGCCUCCGGCAGGCACUUCCAGUUCUACAGCGGGGGCGUGUUCGAUGGUCCUUGCGGCGCGGAGCUGGAUCACGGCGUGGCGGCGGUGGGAUACGGGACGAGCAAGGGCCAAGAUUACAUCAUCGUGAAGAACUCGUGGGGCUCGCACUGGGGCGAGAAGGGGUACAUCCGCAUGAAGAGGGGCAGCGGCAAGCCCGAGGGGCUCUGCGGCAUCAACAAGAUGGCAUCCUACCCGACCAAGGACCAGUGAUCCAUGCAUGCAUCUGCAUCAACAUCUAUCACCGAAAAAGUCCGCCCGGUUUUUUCCCUUUGUUUAAUUUCUGGAUCGAGGAGGAGGAGCGAAAGGCACUCAAGAACAGCUAACUGUCUGCGUUUCGGCGCGCUUGGUUGAAAUGAUGGAUGAAAUAAAGCUUUAAACUUGUUUGGCUGUGGAUUUGAUCAUUCUGUCUUGCUGCUGCUGCUUUGGCGUUCAGUAAUAUCUAUGUGAAUCAA